UGUGUGUUCUCUCCGUGCAGAUAAAAAAUGCUGCGGCCAAUGUUCUGAGGGAGACUUGGCUCAUCUACAAACACACCAAACUACAGAAGAAGAUUGACCACUCCAGAGUCCGCAAACACCAGAGGAAGUUCCUGCAGGCCAUCCACCAACUGCGUAGUGUGAAGAUGGAGCAGAGGAAACUGAGUGAUCAGGCCAACACUCUGGUGGACCUCUCAAAGAUGCAAAGUGUGAUGUACGAGCUGAUGUCGGAGCUGAACGAUCGCAGUGAGGACCUGGAGCGACAGAUGCUGUCUCUGGAAACGCGGGUGGAACAGCUGACCGCUGGCUUUAGUGCCCUGCCUGCCCACCUGUCUGCCACUCUGUCUGCCCAGCACACCACCUUGCUCCACCUGCUCAGAGAGAGGGACUACAGGGGAGGAGGAUGGGGAGGUGCAGGUGGAGGAGGGACAGCCCUGGUCCCUGUUGCUCAGCUGGCCCCUGCCCAUGCCCUGACCCCAAGCCCAACCCUGGCCCCAGAGCCACAGCAGCCCCCAGAAGGAACCAUAGAGGGUAGCACUAGUGCCAAUACUAGCACCUCCAGUUGUUGAAGAGAGGAGGAGGAGAGGAUGGGAAAUGGAAAGAAGAGGUGAGGGUAGAGGAGGAGAUAGAGAGCCAGUAGGAAUACGGGAUGAGGAGGUCAGCCCCAAUACUAGCAACUUCAACUCUGCAGA